AUGAUUAAUAUGCAGCAAUUACCGGCGGUGCCGAGGCGGCACUGGUGGCCCACCGUCGCCCACGUGUCGCGGAUGCUGACUCUGCUGGCGCUGGCCGGCGCCAUCAGACCCAGCCAGGGCUACCUCGACGACCGCCAACCUGUCUAUCUUGAGGCGAAGAUCGGCGCGUACGUGAUACUGGACUGUCCGGUCGAUUUUCCGCAGGACGAUCCCAUCCCGUACGUGCUGCACUGGAACAAGGACAACAAACCCGUAUUCACGCUAUACGAUGGCGUGUUGAAUGCGUACGAAACGUUCAUCGGUCGCGUGACACUGCUCAACAACGACAUCCUGUACGGGAAGGCGUCCCUAAAUCUGACUUCGAUCCGUGAAAGCGACAACGGCUGGUACGAGUGCAAAGUAAUCUUCCCGAAUCGCGUCCCAAACAAGCGCAACAAUGGCACCUGGUUUCACAUUUCCGUCCAAGGUGGAACGCUGUUGCGCAUCCCACCCGUCAACCAGACGGUGCUUGAAGGUGACCCAGCGUUUUUCCACUGCGUUGUGCAAAACCCAGAGACGAUGUUUGUCGAUUGGUACAAGGAUAAUGUACCGCUGUUGGAGUACUACGAUCUGUCACACCGCUCGAUGAUGGGUCCUGAUGGUAGUCUUACGAUCAAUCCGACGCAGAUGAGCGAUCUCGGCUUCUUUACGUGUGAGGUUCGCAACACCGCCAACGACACGCAAUCAGCCAGUGCCUACUUGAAUGUGCAGUAUAAAGCGAAAGUGGUGUACGCACCUAAGGAGGUAUAUAUUCCGUUCGGUGAGUCAGCGGUGCUUGACUGCCAUUUCCGAUCGAACCCACCUCUGAAGAAUCUACGGUGGGAAAAGGAUGGCUUCCUGUUUGAUCCGUACAACGUGCAGGGUGUGUUUUACAAUCGCAAUGGCAGCCUUCAGUUCGACAAAGUGGAUGACUCACACGCGGGACGAUACUCCUGCACACCGUACAACGACCUCGGUACCGACGGGCCCUCGCCGAUGAUCAGCGUGAUCGUACAACGACCGCCAUUUUUCACACUUAAACCAAAGCUGGUGUACGUGACGAAGAUGGGUGGUACGGUCGAGAUGCAUUGCGACGCACGGGACCGAGAUGGCUACCACGUUCCGCAGAUUACAUGGGUUAAGAAAGAUGGCAGCCUACUCCCAGCUGGUCGAUAUGAGAUCAAUGGUGGUAAUAUGACACUCGAGGACAUCGUAGAGUCCGACCGGGGUAUCUACGGCUGUCAGGCAACGAAUGAGGCAGCCACAGUGACAGCUGACGCCGAGAUCAUGAUCGAGAACGUGUCUCCCAGGGCACCCUACAACCUGACUGGCAACAGUACCGACACGUCUAUAACGAUCCGAUGGGCGCCUGGGUACAUUAGGCAGUACCUCGAGUACAUCAUCUGGUAUCGGCUUGCGGAUGCACCUGAAUGGCGCACUCUGAAGGUCAGCAAUAAACACAUUCUUGAGGCGACGAUCACGAAUUUGCAGCCAGCCCGCGAGUACGAGUUCAUGGUUCUGUGCCAGGACAACUACGGUGAUGGCAUGUUCAGCAAGGCAUUCCGAUACUUUACCAAACCGACGGAAUUCGAACAGCCUGAGAAUGGGCUGCAGGAUGCGCUGCUGCAGUUCAGCCAGAUUGGGUCACCGCGAGGAUUGUACGUGCGCAAGGAACAUGACAACUUCGUCGCUUACUGGGAACCACCGGAGUUGGGAUUGGAUCAGUUGCGCUUCUACAUCCUACGUUGGUGGGUCGAACCACAGCACAAACUGUACGGUAGCGCGGAGACCUCCGAGACGCACUACGUUCUUGAGAACCUGGACGAGGACAUGUUGUACACGGUUCAGGUGUUCGCUCUGUCGACGACGAACUACACUAGCGGUAGCAACGAUGUCGAGCUUUUCGUGUACCCGUACCGCCGAGUUAAGGUGAUGACGGUCAGUGGCGUCCUGAUACUGCUGUUUUGUCUCGUUGUCAUCAGCACGCUCCUCUACAUGAAGCGCAAGCGAAUCCGGCAGUUGCGUGAGGCGGAAAACGUGAAAAUAUGAACACCGUGUCCUGUAGCCGUGUCCCCGUUCCCACCUCAAUUUCCACACAUACUCACGGUGCGAGUGAGUGAAACGCCCACGAAGAGAACGUCCUCAACCACCUCUCGCUGCUGAGACCCGAUUUUAGGAACUGCCCUGCCAAAACCAGCUGCCCAUAAGGACGAAGUAGUGUAGCAGCAAUUAUCAUACCCGUCGUUAUCAUCGCCGUUGUAGACUGUAGUUUAGAGGAAAGCUAGAAAGAGGAAAGAGACGGAGAGAGAGAGAGAGAGAGAGAGAGAGAGAGAGAAGAAGUGAAAGUAUGUUGCUUUAAUCGCCAACCAGCACGAACCACGAUGCGGAAACGAGCCCAAUAUUUCGUAAGGAUGGGAAGUAUUAUUACCGAGGAAUGGAAGUGGAAGUGGAAUGCAUUAGCAGUAGUGGUUCACGGACCCUUAGGUACUAUCGUGAAAUAGUAGAACGUUUUGUUUACUCUAGCGCGAAUGAAUGAGAUCUUGUCAUUAAUACUAAAAAUAAACGAAUUU